CGAACAACUGAUUUGUCUUUGUAGAGAUAUUUUCGAAGAAACUUUUCGGGUCCCUAGCAUUGCUAAUUGCAAUAGUCUAAACCUCAGGGUGGUCACGAUAAUUUACCCCAGUCUGUGUACAUUUGUUCAGAAAGUAUACUGUCCUCUUCCUUUGCUUUGCUCACCGAACCCCAAGUCAUCACGAGUCCCUUCCACCAUUUUUGCUUUCUGUUUUCCUCGAUCAAAUCGAAAACCCUGGCGGCCCUCGUACUCACUUCAUUCCUCACCAAUUCUCGGCGACAGCUAGGGUUUUCCCCCUCCGCUUUUUUAUUUUGAGAAACGACACGACAUUCGACUAAAUCGAAGGCAAAUUGGGCAGGAAGUGCAAUGGAUCACAGUUCAGAAGAGGACACUGAUAUAAGUGAAUCUGAAAUUGAGGAGUACGAAGACAAAUCUUAUGAAAAACUCAAGAGUGGAACUCGUCAGGUCAAAAUAUCAGAUGAAACCUUCAAUUGUCCUUAUUGUCCGAAGAACAAAAAACGAGAUUUCCAAUACAAGGAUCUCUUACAGCAUGCGAAUGCGGUGGGCAAGGGUAGCUCACAGAAGCGAACUGCGAGAGAUAAGGCAAAUCAUCUGGCAUUGGUAAAGUACUUGGAGAAAGAUCUAGGGGUUGGUGGUGGUCCCUCACAACCUGUUGUUGCUGAGGGUGACGCUCUAGAAAACUGUGACCAUGAUGAGAUGUUUGUGUGGCCGUGGAUUGGAAUUGUGGUUAACCUCCAAACUGAAUGGAAGGAUGGGCGUUAUGUGGGGGCAAGUGGUUCCAAGCUGAGGGACCAAUUAACCAGGAGAGGCUUCAAUCCAACAAGAGUUAAUCCAUUAUGGAACUUCAGGGGUCACUCUGGAACUGCUACUGUGGAAUUUAACAAAGACUGGUCUGGUUUCAACUAUGCCAUGUCAUUUGAGAAGGCCUAUGAGGCGGAUCAUCACGGGAAAAAGGACUGGAUUGUAAUUAAAGACAUGAAAGAUCGAGGAUCUGAUCUCUAUGCUUGGGUUGCUCGCGCAGAUGACUACAAAUCUGAUGGGAUUAUUGGGGAAAAUCUUCGCAAGAUUGCAGACCUUAGAACAAUUUCUGAUCUCAUGGAGGAAGAAGCCAGGAAAACUAGUAAACUUGUGUCUAAGUUGACAGAUUUGAUUGAGGUAAAAAAUAAGGACUUGGCAAAGAUGCAGGAUAAAAUGUCUGAGACUUCAAACUCCCUUAACAAAUUAAUGGAGGAGAAAGAUAGGCUUCAUCAAUCUUAUAACGAAGAGAUUAAAAAGAUUCAGUCGAGUGCGCGAGACCAUUUUCAGAAGAUUUUUAAUGACCAUGAAAAGCUUAAGUUGCAAUUGGAAUCUCAAAAGAAGGAGCUUGAGCUGCGGGGACAAGAAUUGGAAAAACGUGAGGUCCAAACUGAAAAUGAAAGCCGAAAGCUUGCUGAAGAGAUUGAGAAAAAUGCGGUUAGAAAUAGUUCGCUUGAGAUGGCAGCUAUGGAGCAACUGAAAGCUGACGAAAAUGUAUUGAAAUUGGCUGAAGAUCAGAAGAGGCAAAAAGAGGAUCUCCACAAGAGAAUUAUUCAACUGGAAAGACAAUUGGAUGCGAAACAAGCAAUAGAGCUAGAAAUCGAGCAACUGAGAGGGUCGUUGAAUGUUAUGAAGCACAUGGGAGAUGAUGGUGAUUUGGAAGUUCUUAAAAAGGUUGAUGCAAUACACACGAUGUUGAGAGAAAAGGAAGGAGAUCUUGAUGAUUUAGAAGCAUUGAACCAGACACUAAUUGUGAAGGAGCGGAAGAGUAACGACGAGCUGCAGGAAGCUCGCAAAGAAUUGGUUAAUGGCUUGAAAGAAAUGUCAAGUAACACUGAGAUUGGUGUUAAGAGGAUGGGUGAACUGGACAAUAAACCUUUCCACGAAGCAAUGAAGAGGAAGUACAAUGAAGCAGAUGCUGAAGAUAGAGCUAUUGAAGUAUGCUCAAUUUGGGAGGAGUACCUUCGAGAUCCUGAAUGGCAUCCUUUCAAAGUCAUCACUAUUAAUGGAAAAUCCCAGGAAGUAAUAAAUGAGGAGGAUGAAAAGCUGAAUGGUCUGAGGGAUGAAUAUGGCGUUCAAGUGUACAAUGCUGUAACCACGGCUUUGAAAGAGAUAAAUGAGUACAACCCAAGUGGAAGGUAUAUAAUCUCAGAGCUGUGGAACUACUCUGAAGGGAGAAAAGCCACAUUGCAAGAGGGAGUCAAUGUGCUAACAAAAAUGUAUAAACGCAGGAAGCCAUUCCUCAUUAGUGUAUUUGUAUCUGUAUCACUACAAUUUAGCCCCAAGUGGUGGCGGGGGGUGGCUGCUGAAAUGAAUUGCUCUAUGACGUACUCACAAAAAAGUGUGGGUGAAUGGUUUGGUUGUAGUGUAACUCUUUCUUUCGACUCAGCAAGAUUGCAAUUGGAGCGUAGAGCUAGGUCUAGGGUUCGCCCACAAGGACCAACUUCCUCAACUCAUCUCUACUAUCCUUCACCCCCAUCAGAUUCUUCAAAGGUGCUUCCUUGUCUAGCAAUCAGUUUGUCAGCCGAAAUGUCAAGAAUUAGUGGUGCAGGCACUUCCAAUUUGAUUCAAAUGGAAAAUGAAAUCCUUGAAGAGCUCCGAAGAACACGUACUCUGGCUAUGAGCCUUGCCAAAGAAGUUGAUGUAAAAAAUCAGAGAUUGUGGGAACUGGAACGCAAGUAUGACGAGACUUCAGCAACUCUAGGCAGGAUGAUUGCAGAGAAAGAUAGGCUGCAUCAAGCAUUUGCUGAUGAAAUGAGAAAGAUGGAGUUCAUUGGGGUACAAAAUGAAAAGCUGAAGCUCGAAUUGGAAUGUCAAAUGAGGAAUAUGCAUUUCAUGAGGCUACAAAAUGAGAAGCUGAAAGAUGACUUGGUAAAUCAAAGUCAGGAACUUGAGCAACAAGCUAAAGAAAUGGAGAAGCAAAGGGCCAAAGUUGAUCUUGAGCGAAAAAACUUGCUUGCUGAGAAGGAAAAGCUGAAAGAUCAGAAUGGCUUUGAAGAUGACUAUAGCUUGAAUAUCCAGCUUGACGCUUUGAAGGAAGAAUUGGCUGAAAAAGUUGAUGACUUGCAUGAUAUGGAAACCCUUAACCAGACACUUAUACUUAGAGAGCACAUGAGUAAUGUUGAGCUCCAGGAUGCUCGGAAAGAAUUGAUCAAUGUUUUACCAAAUGUGUUGGAUAUAGUGACAAUCGGAGUCAAAAGGAUGGGAGAGGUUGAUCAGAAACCUUUCCAAGAUGUAUGUUUACAGAGGUUCUCUGGUGAGGAUUGGGAGGUAAGAGCUGUGGAGCAAAGCUCAUUGUGGCAAGAAAAAGUGAAAGAUCCAGGUUGGCAGCCUUUUAAAAAAAUGACCAAAGAUGGAAAAUUGCAGGAAAUAAUCGAUGAGGCGGACAGUAAGUUGAAAGAAUUGAGACGUCUAUGGGGUGAGGCAGCAUACAAUUCUGUCGUCAAUGCGCUAUUGGAAUUAAAUGAAUAUAAUCCAAGUGGGAGGUAUGUAGUGAAAGAACUCUGGAACUUCAAGGAGGGAAGGAGAGCGCGUUUAAAAGAGGUAAUUGAUUGCAUAGUCCAGCAACUGAAGAGUCUCAAGUCUCUUAAACGCAGGAGGUGACAGGGUUGGCGCCAACAUCCAGUCCUACAUUUGGCAUAGUUCCUAUCAGUAAUCUACACAAACUACAAGCAUAUACGUUGACGAACUAUGUUUUACAGCUUGUUGUUUGGGUCACUUCGUGGUUCUUUAUUUAUUGGGAGGAAAAAUUCUCUCUUCUCAUGUAAGUGUUCACCUGAUACCUGAAAGCAUAUAUUGAUGUAAAACACAUACACUAUAUGAAUCAGGAACAGACCUUAUCUUCUGUGCUUACAGAUAAUGUACCUUGGUUGUUGGAUGUGUA